GUUCGGUCACACAACAUCAACAACCAGCUCAAAGGAAAAAGGUCGACCGGAGGAAAGGAAAGGGCCGUGAAGCGCGCUACACGAACUAUUCAGGAGCUGCCAGCGUGUGUGCGUCUCUCGCUCUCUCCGUGCCAUCCUCCUCAUUUCUGCCGUGUUCAGAGCUCAUUCGCAUCCACAGAAGUUUUUCACACGUGCCAACACCGGAAGAGAAUCGUAAAAAGCGAAAGAGGAAGGGAAGAGCGUCAUGCACGUUGGUGUGUGCGGCAGACAUCCCAUAAAGCUGAAUCACGAGAGGAAAAGCCGCUGUACUUCUGGGGGUAUAACCAUUUUCAUGUAAUCCUCGAUAUACACACACACACACGCACGCACCCUCAUAUUUAUUUGUAAGUAUUCUCUCCGACACCUCACCUCGGUCGACGGCGGGGACGCAGUGAAGAUGAACCCCACCAGACAGACGCCGCAACCCGCCUCGUUGCCCUCCUCGUCGACCCACCUUCAACCUGCGGUCACCUCAGCACGUGCCUCCGCUCCGCUCCCUGCCCAGCAAGUCAGCUCCUCCUCAUCCUCCUUGGCCCCACAACGUAUAAGGGAUUCUGCAGAACAUGCGUGUGGAGGCCCCGCAAACGUUGCUGCGAGCUUUUCCGCGGAUGACGCCGUGUCAACGACGAGCGCUGCUGCCGUGCAGGUCGGUGCGCAUGCAGGCCCCGCCCGUCCUGACAAGACCCCGGUGCUGACCUCCGUCUGGCUGGAUGCCAGCUGCUAUACGUACGAUACCCUCUGCAAGGCGGGUGCUGCAUCCAUCACUGUCGUCUUGGGCAAGCACGAGCAAGUAGCAGCAACGGAGGACGAGGGCGAAGAAGCAGAUGCGCGUGCUCGUGUGGACGGCGUAGGCCGGGGAGCCAGCGCAGCGCAUGCGGGUUCAUCGUCCACACGCCACGGAGCUCACGGCGUACGGCAGCUGAUACCGCAUGAAAUCACCGCCCGAAAGCGACCUCGUGGGCACCCAACGGGGAAUCCCAUAAAGGAGGAGACGAGUGACGAAGUCGAUGGCGCGGGCGUGGCGGCAGCAGCUGCCCGCAAAGCAGGUAAAGAGGCGUCCCUCUUGGCGGGCAGCGCACCAACGACGACGACGCUGCCGCUGCAGCCCGCUGAGGCGGAUGCACGGCUGGAUGUGUUGGAGGAGGUGGAGCUGUGCAGCGUCGUCCCGAGACUCCUGCGCACCUUCGGCAUGGAGGAGCUUGUCCAACAGGUUGUGCCGUGCACGGCGUUCAUGGCAGCGGAUGCACGCAGGGACGACGUGGCGGACAGACGUGGCCGUCGCUGUUGGCGUCCUCCUGGCUGCCUCGCGCGGCUACGAAUGGCAGCGGACCAGCACCUCACCCGGCUGUACGGCCGCGCCGACCCGCCGAGCAGCCUCUUUACGUUACCGGCGGCGGUGGAGAGCGAAGGGGGUUUCGAGCAACCGCAGCCCAUCAGGCCCGUCAGCGGGUGGCUGCCGCCUGUCCCCGCGUACAUGAAGAACACCGCACACGACCUAAGCAGCGAGGACUUUGCAGUCGAGCGCCUCAGCCGCCGUGGUGGCUGCCGUGACGACCAGCGAGAGGGCGAAGGGUCGACGUCGUCCUCCUCCACCACGCCGUCGUCACCGUACUCGGUGCUGUUGACGACGACGGAUGCGUGCACCGGCAGCGCGGAGCCGUCUAGCGGUGGCCCUUCUGCUCCGCCUCGGUCGGAAGGCGAAGAUGACGAGGAUGGGCACUGUGCCGCGGCAGUUGAGGGACAGCGUCACCGUCAUCACCACCACUACCACCAACGCAGCGAGCGUCUGACGCUGUCACAGCUCGCGGAUGACGUUGCAGAGGAUCUGUACGAGUCGGUGGUUGGCUCGAUGAAACCAAGUACGCCACGCAUCGCACCCACACACGAUGCCGCCGGUGGCGCCUCUGGAGGGUCUUCCAACAGCAACUCCGGCACGGAACCUGGCGAGGAGGAAGACGCGCUACCACCACCACCGCCGCCGCCGCAGCAGCAGCAGCAAGAGAGCAGAAGGAAACUCUGUUUCUCUUUCUCCGUUGCCCAGGCACUCUACGAACGUCAGUGGCGAGACAGUGCCGCUAACACGAGCAAUGAAGGCCGCACCGACUCCACACAAUUCGUUGCCUCUGUGCCAAUGCCACACGCCAUGAAGGCAAGUGGCAACGGUCGUGGAAAGGCUGUCCACUCAAGUGCGAGCGCCUCUUCUCCCCGUCUGCCCCACGACGCGGCGCCAGUGGAGGAAGGAUUUUACCCUGUUGGCGCGGACACUCAAAAGCACGCCGAUGGCGUCAUUCACACCGAAUGUGCAGGCAGCAGCGACGGCCACGGCGGCCACCACUGCAACGAUAUAAGUAGUAACGGUUGUGAUCUAGAGGGAGACAAGGCUGGGGCCAGUGUGGGUGCGGCAACGGCGCCUUGCGGGCCCUCCACCACCACCGCACUCGCCUCCUGUGCCGCGCCUGCUGGUCUCGCCUUCGCCAGCCAUCUUCUGCAGUCCGAUCCCGCCCUCGAUGCCUCCCCUUGCGACGCGACGUGCAACACGAGAAGCGACGCUUCAGCAGGGAGACCUCUUCCCUCUCCUGCCGCUUCAUCUGCACAGGAGACGUCGUCAUCCUCAUCGUUGUUGCCCAACGACCCGUCGCAAGCUGUCACGCCCUCCACCGGUGCCGUUGUGGAGUGGGUCACGGGGGCGGUGAGUUACACAGCGGAUACGGAGGGCAUCCUGCCGGAACAGCAGUCCCGCGCUCAACGCUUCUUUUUUCUUCCUCCGCCGUCGCCAUCGCCAUCGUCACGACUCGCACCUGCAUUCGCGCAAGACAACGUGCAAACAAGCGGCGAGCAGCGGACACAGGAGCCGGACGACAAGGAAGAAGAUCUCUCGACGCUGCGUGGGGCUGUCCUCGCACAGCUGCUACGGCUGCAACAGCGUCAUGCAGCAGCUACCGCGUAUUGCCAUGGCGAUGCAUCGCGUGUGCGCAGUGCUGGGCAACCGCCCGAGAAGUUCACAGGAGCGUCGGCAUCUCUACGAGAUGUGUGUGCGUUGAGUGCGUCUGGCCAGGCGGCACGCACGCCGACCCAGUCUGAUGGCAUUCGAAGUAGAAAGGACCUGGUUUCUUGCCGGGGCGGCGCGCCGACCACACGGAUUCGGAACGGCAUCCACACAGGACCCGACUUCCCAUGUGCGUGCCACCGCUGCAGCCCACUCCAACUGCACUUUGCGCAGGUGCCGUUGAUGGCCUCCUCGGUGCUCCUUCGAUACCUCGACUUGCUACAUGCUACCGCGCUGCCAAGCCUGCAGAGCCCCUGCCCCACGUCUCGCCGUCUUCGCAGCGGUGUCAUUACUCGUGAAGACGCCGUCACAGCAGGAAGAAUAAAAAAAGACGCGUCUUCUUCGCCUGCGGCACACAUCAGCAGUAACAACAGCAACGGCAGCGGUCCCGUCAGCCGUGAUCGCCAGCGCAGCCCUGCCGAUCCGAUCGACCUCGUCUUCCCAGCCCUGCAGCAGUGGUUCACGCAGACCCGGGAGACCGACGGCGUGCAGCGAGGUCAGCACAGCAGCAAUAAUCCGACAGACGAAGAGGCAGAGAGCUCACCAACGGCAGCGGUCGCACGUCGACGCCCGUCUUCCAACUCAGCACAGAAGCGAACUCGAAGGCGGACGGCAGCUCCUCUCGACAGCGAUGAAGGCGCCCGCCUUGACACGACGCGGGAGGGCGCCGGUCGUGGUGUAAGCGAGUGUGCUCCUGCCCCUUUGCCUUCGGCAGACCUUUCGAGCGAUGCUGCCGAUGCGGCCUCGCUGGGCUGGAUUGAUGAUGCGGUGUUGGACGAGACGGUGGUGAUCGGCGUGGUGCCGCGCGGUCAGCCGCAUCAGCUGCGUCUGGUCGCCCCGUCGUGUGCGUUUGUGCUGGCGCUAGUGCAGCGCCUGGAGGAGGUGAGCGAGGUGGCCUUCCGAGUUCUCACACACGUCUCCCUCCCGGCGCCCGUGCUGGAGGAAGGCGGUAGGUCCCCGUCCCGCUUGCCACAUGAUAUGAAGGGUAACUGCUGCGGCAACAGCAGUCGAGCUCACACGACGGCGGUGCAGUGGCAGGCGUGGCUCGAGAACACUUACAUGAUCAGCAUGUGGAAUACCCUGCGGGAGGUGCUAAAUGUGUGGGAGUGGUGCAUGGUGGUACAGCAAGCUGAGACGCUGCCUUUCCUACCCGCCCCUUCCACGCUGCCCUCGCUGGACGCCGACGAUGAAUUCGUCUUUCCUGCCUUUUUGCAAGACGCCUUCCGUGACUCGUCAGAGUCGCGCCUCGGUGCGGUGACGGAGUCGAUGGCGGACGCCGUACGGUCUGUCUUCGUCAGUGUGCGGUCGGCUGCCGCGUUGCACACCACCGCUUGCCUCAGCGCCGCCGAAGACGCCACCGCGCGGGUUAUUCUCACAGCCCUGACUCCGCUGCUGCACCGACGCAUCACCGUCAUGUACGAGCUACUUCGCCACCUCGCCUCCAAGUCCCUGUACGCGUCACACCGGGCGCAGUGCGAGGCCUACCAGCGCUGGUACGCGACAACGCCCACGCCUGCAGCGGUGCUGCGCCUGCUGCAGCGCAGUCGUCGCUUUCGUGGCGCCCUCGCCCGGUGCUACCCGCAGUACAAUCUGAUGCCACUGCUGCCGACUCCGCAAGGAGUGGACAGCGACGCUAUGUUAACUGCGAAGGAGUCGCCUGCGUCCCGUGAGUUUCCUGCACAGCCGUUGACAUCGCCUUCUUCUUCUUCAGCCGAAAACGGAGUUCACUCGAGGCAGCAGAGCGGCUCCGUUGACAAAGCCGCCGCCGCCGCUGUCGUGGCUGCACCGUCCAUGAAGCGCCCUCGCCCGGACGAACCGGCGCACGAUGCCUCAAAGGUUGAACCGCAAGACGAAGAGAGGGGCAGGAAGGCGGGGCCUGUACCGACGAAGCUGCAUCCGCCUCCUGCGCCGUUACGCGUCACUCCCACCACGGCAGCGGCAGCAGCAGCAGCAGGGUCGGAGGUGAAGGAGGCGUCGCAAGCGUCGCCUUCCGCGGCUGUUCCGUGGUCGCCUGUGCCCGACUCCCCGGUAACACCGGCCAGAGGCACUCGAAAGCCACGAGUAGUCUCACCAACGUCAACGACGACACGAACACCUACAGCGCCAGGGAGCAGUCCGCCCCCGCCCCUCUCGCGGGACUCACCCAUCACCGGAGCCGGCGGGGCGACGGCGCUGAUGUACGUGCCGGAGGUGGCGCUGCUCGACCCGCGGUAUCUGCAGCGCUUUGCCUGGUGGACGCACCGCACUUACCACGGCAGCGGCAGCACCGCUCUUUCCGCUGCUGCGUCGUCAUCUCCGCCCGCAGGCGGGUCAUCGGCCGGUGGCUCGUCGUCGUCGUCGCCGCCGUCGCAGCAGCAGCAGCAGCAGCAGCAACAACACGCGCCCCACCCUGUCAUGAGCAUUCCAGGCGACUACUUGCGUGUGCUGCCGCUGCAGGAGCAAGACGCUGGCAUACGCACGGUGCUGCGAAGUAUGUCGCAGAAGGGCCGCACCCUAGACAUGUGGGAGAUGAGUCAGCACAUCCAAGCCCAUCGCACCACGCCUUACGUGUACCACUGA